AUCAGAGUAGGCAUAAGGCAGGAUGAAGUUGGAAAUAUCACAGAACAAUUGUACUCGCAUCACUCUAAACGAAAAAUAAAAUCAACAAAAAUCAUCAAAAAUCAGUAUAUAUUUCUAAUUGUUUUUACCAUCAUUAUUAUUGUUAUUAUUCAUUAUCAAAAGGAGGCAACCAAGCAGAAUGAACAACGACGAGGAACAAUUGCAGCUAAGCAGCAAUAACAAUAUUGCCAUCGAUUCUUUGUAUGAUGACAUUUGCCCCGGUUCGCAGCAGUCGCAGCAGUCACUAUCGAUGCCAUUGGAGUCCACAUCGGAGUCGGAGAUGAUGCCGCCAGAGAUAUCACCAACAGCAGCGGAGGCAGAUUCAGAAAAUGCCCCAGUGGCCGAGGAGAAGCCAAUACGUGUUCGUGAUAUGAUCAAUUUGUAUAACUUUGCCACAAAAAAGAAUCAGGAAUUGGCUCAGGCCAAGUCAAUUUAUUUUAGCAGCAAUAACAAUAGCAACAACAACAACAACAACAACAUUAAUAACAACAACAAAUUAAUUAGCAUUGGAGUUAAGAACGAUCUGGAGCAGCAAGAGUGUUGCGAUAGCAUUUGCUGCAAUAUGGAAACCAUGGAUGAGCAAGCCAAAAUGGCUAUGAGUAGCGGUCGAUUCAAUUCCGCUACGGGAAAUUUUCGUGUAACUACAACAGAUGGCAAAACAUCAUUGCGUCAAUCAAUUGAUGCUGGUGGAUGUGAUGGCCUUAACGGAUCCGGAGGAGCCGUCGAGAAGUCUUAUCAGAGCAAGACUACUAUUAGGCGCACAGAUCAGGGGGUUCGCAUAAUCAUAGAUAUAUUUUUCGAUAAGAAGGAUGCUGAUAUUGAGAUUGUUGGCAGUCGCGUCGAGACCGAUAUUCCUGAGAGCCGUAUUCUGGCUGAUUUCCAACAACAUUCGCUGGCCAUGCAACAGAAACAACAGGAGGAUGAGCAAAAGUUGCAUCAUCCAAUCAACAUAGUUCAGGACUAAAAUCCGUUAGCAAAUUGCUACUACCCCAAAAUACUUCUCAACACAAAACAAAAUUUCAUGUUACGUAUACGACAAGUUGUAUGUUUUUAUUUGUAUUUGAAAGAAAAAGGAAAAAAAAAUGAAACUUUCGAGCAUUUAUGCCAUUGAA